AUGAAUGGUCUUAGAAAUCCAGGAGGCUCUAUUUUUAUUACAGAUUCAGAUUCAGAUUCAAAGCUAGAAGCAGUUCUGCAGUUGAAGCUGAAGCCUUACAUUGGACAGAUUUUUCUUAAACUUGAUGAUGCUACUGAGUUCUAUAAUAAGUAUGCACGACAUGUUGGGUUUGACACUCGCAAACAUGGAUCAAAAAAGAAGGUGGAUCAUAUUACAUGGUUGUAUGUUGUGUGCAGUAGAGAAGGUCAGAGGAAAAUGAAAAUGCAAGGGCAUGAGUCAAAACGUAGACGUUCUUCUAGGAAGUGUUUUUGCAAGGCUAAAAUUGCUUUUAAGUUUUGUAAAGGAAUUGGUUAUGUUGUCAAUCAAUUUGAUGAAAGACAUUGUGCAAGUGCAAACAUAGGCCCUACAUUGACUUUUAAGUUGCCGAAUGAGGUUCUUGGUGGGCUGGAUCAUGUUGGCUGUACGGUCGUAGAAGUUCGAAACUAUAGGCGCGACUUGAGAGCAUUUACUAGUGGGGCAGAUGCACAAAUGGUACUUAAUGAGAUGAGCCGGAAGAAAGAGAAUUGUCCAGCAUUCAUUUAUCAUUUUGAGGUGAACUCUAAGGAUAGGCUCACUCGUCUUUUCUGGUGUGAUCCCACUGCUAAGAAGAAUUUCCAUCUCUACGGUGAUAUAGAUUUGGGAAUGAAGGUUGUUGUGGAAAGAGUCCUUGUUGAUACAAGACAUCGAUGGUGCAUGUGGCACAUCAUGUUUAAGGUUGUGGAAAAGUUACCAAAGAAUCUACUUGUCAAUGAAGACUUGAAAAAGGAGUUAAACAAUUGUGUGUGGUCUGAGUUGAUAGAACCUGAAGAAUUUGAUGAAGCAUGGGAUAAUGUAAUGGAAAAAUAUGGGCUUAAGGACCAUGAGUGGUUUUCCUCGAUGGAUUUUCCAAUGAGUUCACUAAUAAAGACCACAUCAAUAUCUGAAUCUCAGAACAUAUUCUUCAAGAGGUACUCCAAGUCUCAUUCUAAUCUUGUUGAAUUUCUUAUGAAUUACAACAAUGCAUUGGAUGGCCAAAGGAGCAACAACAAUAGGCUUGAAUACUUGGAUUUUAACAAGAUUCCAACUUUGAAAACAAAUUCAGCCCUCGAGAGGCAUGCGUCGACAAUCUAUAGUGAUAGUGGUUUCAAACUACUUCAAAGUGAGAUUGAGGAAGCAGUUGAUAAUGUCACUAUGGUGACAGUGUCAAUCAUUGGUGAGAAUAAGAUUUAUGUGGUCAACGACAUGUUCUCGAAGAACUGGACUGUGUCAUACUCCACAUCUUUUGCUUCAUAUGCAUGUAGUUGUAAGAUGUUUGGGAGGAUUGGGCUUGAAUACAGGGAUAUGCAAGGAGAUUUUUAUGAUAUUGCACGGCUUAUUGAAGGAGAUGGUGAUAAAAUUCUUGCAUUUAGACAUAUUAUGGCUAAAGAGAGUGAAAUAGAAGUUCAUCCGUGUGAUGUCGUCAAAACCAAGAGUCCCGGUCGACGGCUUUCAUGCCUUGAGAAAGAAAUGAGAGAGAUGUCCAAGCCUGGUCGGAAAUGUGCAAAAUGUGGCGAGGUUGGUCGGCAUGAUUCAAGAAAUUGUGACAAGAUACAGGAGGAGAAGAACAAGAAAAAGAGGAGAAACCAAUGUUGA